AGAUCCUAUCUUCUCAUAUAGAGCUAGUAUUGUACAGGUAUACAUAGAUCCUAUCUUCUCAUAUAGAGCUAGUCUUGUACAGUUUGCCGGACCUGCUAGAUACCGACCUGCUCCCUGUAGUAUAGAUGACCUGCCUCCUUUGUCUGCUGUAGUAAUCUCCCAUAAUCACUACGACCACCUUGACCUGAACAGUGUACGGGAUAUUGCCAAGAAGCAACCAGAUUGCGAGUUCUUUGUUCCCAAAGGAAUGAAAAGUUGGAUGAGAACCAAUACUGGUGUAUCGGAGAAUAAUGUAUUUGAGAUGGAUUGGUGGGAAGAAAGAAAGCUUUCUAACUCCGAUGUGAAGAUUGUAUUUACCCCGGCAAAUCAUUGGUGUAAGAGAUCAGUCAGUGAUGAUAACACUGUACUGUGGGGAUCCUGGUCUGUGAUUGGUCCAAACAACUCAUUCUGGUUUGGAGGGGAUACUGCAUAUUCAGAAGCAUUCAAACAAAUAGGAGAAAAAUAUGGCCCGUUCAGCAUGGCAGCUAUACCUAUAGGUGCCUACCAACCAAACUGGUUUAUGAAAUAUCAACAUGUACAUCCAGGAGAGGCAGUGGAAAUACACAAAGAUGUUAAAAGCCAAAAAUCCCUUGGUAUACACUGGGGUACCUUCAAGCUGACUGUUGAGAACUACCUGGAGCCUCCUAAACUACUUGACACCUACCUGAACAACAACAAUAUUCCUACAGAUGACUUUGUUACGGUCAAUAUCGGUGGAUCAGUGGAACCAUAGUUCUUCUACCAUGACACUUUCUUCAAUGUUUCAAAUACUCAGUCAUUAUUUCUUACUUUCACUAUUAUUGCGAAGCACAACGUCACUUUGAUGAAAUUUUCGGGAUUUUUUUACUGUGAUUGACUACGAAUAUUAUUGAUUAUUGCAUCUUAAUAACUUAAAACUUUUACCUUUCCUUGGACUUAUGUAAUUAUUGAUUGAAAAUUUGCACAAAAUUAGAAUAAGAAAAUAUGAUUAAUUGAUUAAUGUUUUUUAACGAGUAUUUACUGAUUAUUUAACUUAAGAAACAUAUAAUGCAAAGUAAGAUUUAGUUAAUAUUUAAAAAGUAGGUGGUUAAUAAUUAAUUAUUGUGACAUUUGAUCUACCUAGAAA